AUGCCCGCUAAAGCUGCUUCUGCUGCUGCUUCGAAGAAGAACAGUGCGCCCAAGAGCGCUGUUUCGAAAAAGGUGGCCAAGAAGGGUGCGCCUGCUGCUGCUGCGAAACCCACGAAAGUGGUGAAGGUAACGAAACGCAAGGCAUACACCCGUCCGCAGUUUCGCCGCCCGCACACGUACCGCAGGCCCGCGACCGUGAAACCCAGCAGCAACGUAAGUGCCAUUAAGAAUAAGUGGGACGCGUUCCGGAUCAUCCGCUACCCCCUCACCACUGACAAGGCGAUGAAGAAGAUUGAGGAGAACAACACCCUAACCUUCAUUGUGGAUUCUCGUGCUAACAAGACUGAGAUCAAGAAGGCGAUCCGCAAAUUGUAUCAGGUUAAGACGGUGAAGGUGAACACACUCAUUCGACCUGACGGCUUGAAGAAGGCCUAUAUUCGCCUGUCUGCGUCAUACGAUGCGCUCGACACGGCAAACAAGAUGGGUCUUGUUUAG